UUAUCGUCCUCCUCGGUUGUUGUCGGUGUCCUUUCUCACGCCGAGUAGGUGAAGGAGGCUUAUUUUUUGGCUGGAGGCAAGGUUCAAGAUUGUGGUCGCCCCAUCGUGCAUUGUCAGACCGUCAUUUGAUUAUCUCCUCGUGCUAGUGUCCUUGUUGGCUCCUGCCGUAAUCCGUAUAUCGUUCCUGCAUACAUCCUUUCCCUCCUCCUGUCCUCUCUACCCAUUCGAUUCCUCCCCUACUCUCUGCUCAAUACAUCCUCAAGGCGACGGAGCCGGACAAAUCCCUUGGUCAGGGCCUAGAGUAUCACCUUUUUGUUCAACAUGUCAACAGCUGUCGCAAUGGGCGCUCCUGCUGCAGGGCCUCCCAAGAUUGAGAAGAAGCCUAUCAAGUUCAGCAACUUGCUUUUGGGCGCCGGGUUGAACCUGUUCGAAGUCACCACUCUCGGCCAACCCCUCGAGGUCAUCAAGACCACCAUGGCUGCCAACAGACAGGAUUCGUUUGCUGGAGCCAUGUCACGAAUUUGGGGUCGUGGUGGAAUUUUGGGAUACUACCAAGGCCUGAUCCCUUGGGCCUGGAUCGAGGCAUCAACAAAGGGUGCUGUCCUCCUCUUCGUCGCCUCUGAGGCCGAAUAUUACGCCAAAACCUUUGGUGCCGGUAACUUCGCCGCCGGCAUCACUGGAGGCAUGGUCGGCGGUGUGGCACAGGCUUAUGCAACCAUGGGUUUCUGCACAUGUAUGAAGACGGUGGAGAUUACCCAACACAAACUCGCGGCCUCCGGAGUGAAGCCCCCGUCGACCUUCCAGACCUUCGCCGAUAUCUACAGAAAGGAAGGCAUUCGAGGCAUCAACAAGGGCGUCAAUGCCGUCGCCAUUCGCCAGACCACCAACUGGGGUUCUCGUUUUGGUCUCUCUCGGCUGGCAGAGAGUGGUAUCCGGAAGGCGACCAACAAAGAGCAUGGCGAGAAACUGAGCGCCGUGGAAAAGAUUGUUGCUAGCGCUCUUGGUGGUGGCCUGUCUGCCUGGAAUCAACCAAUCGAAGUUAUUCGAGUGGAAAUGCAGAGCAAGACAGUGGAUCCAAAUCGACCAAAGAACUUGACGGUCGGCAAGACCUUCAAGUACAUCUACAGCAACAACGGACUCAAGGGAUUGUAUCGAGGUGUGACUCCUCGCAUCGGUCUGGGCGUCUGGCAAACCGUGUGCAUGGUGGCAUUGGGAGACCUUGCCAAAGAUGCGGUGGAGAAACUCACGGGCGAAACCGUCACGGCGAAGCACUAAAUCAUAGAAUAUUUUGGAAUGGCGAGGAGGACUAUCUACCACUAUAUUGGACAAGAGUCGAGCCACCUUAACGGGCAUGCUGGCCUUGAGACUUUCUUCCUGUUUACCGGCAAUGAUCGAGUUGUAGAGGACCAGGCAUGCCGCUUCUAGUGUGACAAAAGCUGAUAGAACACGGGACUUGAGACCUUGUGACACGAUGAAUACAUGUACAUGCAUUCCUGUGAGAUCUGGCCAUCUCGAGGAUUUGUCUGAUCAUGCUCAACCCUGACCGGUACCGGUCCUGAAUCUCUGGUGCAGCCGCAACUUUCCGCGGUUAUGCUUCCACUCUG